AAAUUAACGUGUCGCGAAAAUUUCAUGUAAUAAGGUAGAUCACAGGCAGCCUAACAAUACUGGUUUGAGUUUGUCGAACAGCACUCAGUAAAUGACAUGAUUCCAUUAGAAGACGAGGACGACUAAAAAUAGACCCUUUGCAUAAAUGGUGCCUAAAUUUGAAUAACAAUACAGUAUACAUACUUAGCCUCGCACUCAUGUUUCCAGAAAAAGGCUUUUUCACAUGAAUGUGAGGCUUAGGGUGUAUAAGUAUUGUUAUUCAAAUAUCGGCGCCAUUAAUGCAAAGGGUCUAUAGCAAGGACGGAAAUAAUUACAACAUGGACAAAUUUGGUCUCGUGAUUGCAAAGUUGGCGAUUAACAAUUACUAAGAAUCUAAACCAAAGUAUCGUUUGGCUUAAAAUCAAGAAACAUUUUCUAGAUUUUGCACAGUUUUUCCCUGAAGAAAACGACGUCUAUCAUCUUUUGCGAUUUUAACGCUAAUUUUUCCAAUUUAUUCCAAUACUUACUUAUAUUAUGACAAGUUCCAAAGGACGGCAGGUGUGCUGACAUAAAUUAAACACGAUGGAAAAUACAAGAAACAAACUAAAAUCUUCCCGAAAUCUUUACUAACUGACAUGACUGCACGUCACAAAACAAAGUUAUUGUCAAAAGUCGUCGUUAUCAACAAUCUUCUUGCGAAAACUAUUUGCUUUUUAAUGAAUAACGUGCUUUUAAGGGCAAAAGAUAAUUGGAAUAAAACAUUAAUAUGCAAGCGGCCAAACCGAGUUAAUUGGAAUCCUGUCUCUAGUCAUAUUCCUAUUGUUAAAAACCUGGAGAAAAAUAUCUGCUGUGGUGUUGGAAAAAUAACAAGUUAAUGACUUCACGAAAGGUCUUCUUGAAAUGUCAUAUAUCUUUUUUAAUAACGAAGUCGUAGUGAUCCCACAACGGUUAAUAAAAAUCGUAUUUUUAUUCCGUUGAAUGUUCCUCAAAACCUGAUAAAUUAAAAUGCUACCAGUAAACAACACAGGCCCACCUGCCCGAAGUUUACACAAGCGAUAAAUGAUUCAUAUUUUUGCCCAUACCCAGACAAAAGACUUUUGAAAGUGGGCCAGAUAUCAUUGGUUGAUAUCUGCUCUCAGCGCCUAACUCACUGUUCGUCUCUACGGCAGCAGCUUUUAUUUUCCUUGGCAACGGUCUUCUUAAGUGCCUCGGUCACUUAGCACAACCUCGCUUUAUGCAUAAGUGAUUAAGGAUUUCACGUAGCCGCAAAUCGCUCGACAGAUAUUUUGGUUACUGAAUGAUUGCGACAUGUAAUAACAGAAUAUUUGAUGUUAACUUGCCUUCGAAAGUCGAACUACGCGUCGAGCAAUUGGUUACAAUGUUGAAUUUUCUUUAACUAAGGAUUUAUCGAAUUUGGAUCGCUAUCGGGAGAACAGACAAAACUAAAAAGCGAUAAUCAUCUUGGUUCAACAGCUAUGUCAAUUAAGUACCCCGUCCAGGUAGACUGUAUCAGGCAGGUGCCAUACUCUGCGCUAGAAACAGAAGCCGAAGUUCUGACAGAAGAACUCGUGCACACUGAGAAAGCAUCAGAGAGCAGCGAUGACGAAUACGACACGGACUUGGAAAGCGAGUUCACAGAAGACACCGACCAGGACAACAGACAGGGAAGGGGACAUUACCUCACGGCUUGUAAAAAUCUCGGCUUGAUACCUUGUACGCCGUUCCUUCGGCAGCUUGGCAAGUCCGAAAUGAAUCUUAAACAUUACAAUCUCGGGUCUGUGGGUGCCGAGGCAGUGGCUGUUGCACUGAUGCAGAACACGCUGGUACUAACAUUGAACAUCGCUGAUAAUUCCAUCGGCGCGGACGGAGCUAUCUACAUCGCCAAGAUGCUAACAGAGAACCCGUUUAUCACCGAGCUGGACGUUUCGCAGAAUGAUCUACGUACACAAGGGGCCUACGCCAUGGCGGAAAUGCUAAUGGAGAACAACGAAAUUCUAGAGCUUAACCUCUCGAACAACAGCUUCCAAGAAAAGGACGCGGAGCCCAUUGUUGAGGCCAUGAAACAGAACUACACCCUAAAAUCGUUGAAUCUGAGUCACAACCGCUUCUGCGAGUUUGGAGGAAAACUGCUGGGACCAGCCAUAGAUGCAAACGUUGGAUUAGAAUACCUUGACUUGAGCUGGAACCACUUGCGAAGAGAGGGCGCUGUUGCGAUUGGUUAUGGCCUAAGAGGCAACUGCGCUUUGAAAUUCCUGGACUUGUCGUGGAAUGGUUUUGCCGACGACGGCGCGAAAGCUAUCGGUGAAGCUCUAAGCGAAAACAACACUUUGAACGAGUUGGAUAUUUCCAGUAAUCGAAUUUCUGUUGUCGGAGCGAAAUGCUUAGCCAACGGACUAGCUCAAAAUUCUACUCUGCAGAUCUUACGGGUUGGUCAAAACCCGUUUCAGAACGAGGGUGCCUACGAGAUUUUAAGCGCCAUAGCCAAGAACAAAGAGAGCGUCAUAGACGAGUUGUACUUCGACGAGAUUCCUGUGAAUGCGGAAUUUGAAGAUCUUCUGGAGGACGUACUCGAUGAAAGACCUAAUCUGAAUGUGCAAUGCGGUACAGCCAUGAGAGGAAAAGACAGGGUUAAGAGAAUGAAGAAAAAAGUGGAUGUUCUCAAUUUGCUGUUAGAGUACAUAGAGCUCAGAGGUCUUCGUGUAGUGGACUUCUUCCGUCAGCUGGACAAAGACAACAGCAAGAAGAUCUCAAGGGCAGAGUUUAUGAAUGGCGUCAAGAAAGCUGGCAUUCCAAUGACAAGAAAACAGCUAAAGAAGCUUGUUCGAAUUCUUGACACAGACAAUGACGGAAACAUCGACUAUGGAGAGAUGAUCGCCAUUAAAAAGGACGAAGUGUUUGACUUUUAUCACAAGAAGAAAGUGUACAAGAAAGACGACCCACAAUUGCAGUCCUUUAAGAGUGCCCAGCAAAAGAAGCCUUGACUAAAUUGGACCCAGCGUAUAUAUUCAACUUACAUGUAGACUAUAAGAAAAAUCACACUUUUUGUAGUGAUGUAAAUCUAAUAUUAACUUUUCGCUCACCUAGCCUAAAAAAAUUGACCCUGAUCCUCUACAUCAAACAUGUAGAUAGGAGAUCGAAAUACACGAAAAUAUUUUGAGCAAGGCCCUAUUUUAAUACGUUUACGGUAGAAGAAUAUGUGCAAGAAAAGAGGACCACAUUUAAGACCUUUAAGAGAAAGCAGAAGAGCCAGUGGGCAAUUAAGUGUAAAAUUAGAUGCGUAAAAGUGUGUGCAGUAAAAUUGCAUAAAAACGUC